CACACACACAUCAGGGAUUUUCUUCAUCUACAGUAAAAGCCUUGCGCUGACAAUGUGGACACCGGGCAGGAAUAUUGAACACAAUUCCGGCUUUGUUUGAUCUGCGCGUGAAGCUCCAAAAAAAGAAUUGAAAGAGAACAGGAGGGAAAAAAAAGGCAGUUCAUCAGUUCAUCACCUUGAACAGCUCCAUUAUUUUUAGAGAUUCUUUCAUGCGACUCCCUGCGACGGACUCCACAUCCAGAAUGAACUGUGAGCAGGAUUUCGGAGACGGGGGCAUGAACGUCACUCUCACCCUCAGGUUGCUCAUGCACGGCAAGGAGGUCGGGAGCAUCAUCGGAAAGAAAGGAGAAACGGUGAAGAGGAUACGAGAGGAGAGCAGCGCACGCAUUAACAUCUCCGAGGGUUCUUGUCCUGAACGGAUCAUCACCAUCACCGGUCCCACAGAAUGUGUGUUCCGGGCCUUCACCAUGAUCACGAUAAAGCUGGAGGAGGACCUGGCUGCUCUGGUGGCUAAUGGCACAGUCACCAGCAAGCCUCCAGUCACGUUGCGACUGGUUAUCCCUGCCAGCCAGUGUGGCUCUCUAAUUGGAAAAGGUGGCUCAAAAAUCAAAGAGAUCAGAGAGAGCACCGGGGCACAAGUGCAGGUUGCAGGAGAUCUGCUUCCCAACUCCACAGAGCGAGGUGUGACGAUAUCCGGGAGCCAAGAAGCCAUCAUCCAGUGUGUCAAACUAAUCUGCACUGUCAUACUCGAGUCACCUCCAAAAGGUGCGACAAUUCCAUACCGCCCUAGCCCCUUACCCGGGGCGGUACUGCUCUCUGGAAAUCAGGUUUUCGAAGCUUCUGAGUUUGGGUCUCACCCUCUUUUCUCAGUGGCUCAGGGAGCUCUGGAUCUGCAACAAGCAUACACUGUACAGAAUCAAUAUGGCAUUCCACAUUCAGAGCUGGCCAAGCUGCACCAGUUGUCCAUGCAACAAGGUUUGACCCCAAUCGCUCAGCCAGCAGCUACAGCCGUCCUGCCUGCAGGCAUGGACACCAGCACCCAGACAGCAUCACAGGAGCUCCUCAUUCCAAAUGACCUGAUUGGUUCCAUCAUCGGCAGGCAAGGUACAAAAAUCAACGAGAUCCGCCAGGUUUCCGGAGCCCAAAUCAAGAUUGGCAGUCAGUUGGACAGCACCAGUGACAGACACGUCACCAUCACAGGCUCUCCAAUCAGCAUCAACCUAGCGCAGUACCUCAUCACAUCCUGUUUAGAGACCGCCAAAUCCACCGCCCAGUCCUCCUCCAUGUCGAGCCCCGUAGAGCUGAACAUGAGCUUCACCCAGCCCGCCUCCCCUGCCUCGUCCUCCGCCGCAGCCCUGGCAGCGAUGGGCGCUCUGCCCCACGCUCCAAUCCUGGGCGCCCCCUAUGCCCUCCCCCUCUCCAGCCUCCUGGGAAUGAAAUCCGUCCCCUUCCUGACACUCUCGGCUCCCGCUGGCACAGCCGCCGCCGCUCCGGCCCACGCUACCCUGGCAUCCUACACGGCCAAGAUCUCUUCAGCCAAUGGAAUCAAGAAACCAGAGCGCCAGAAGUUUGCUCCGUACUGACCCUCGUCUUGAAAGAGACAAAAAUAAAUAAAUCUCAUGUCUGUUCAAAGCAAAGUGAGGAGCUCCUCUACUUUUACCUGUUGUAGCCAUGUAGUUUAAAGAGACUUUACCCUUUUUUUGUUUGUUUCGUUUUGUUUUGAUUUAGCUUGUUACAUAGCUUGUCCUGAACUUGACUCUACUAAGACAUUAGGACAAUAGCGUAUUUAAAACAAUUCUCUUUAUGUUUUUUUCUUCCCUGGCUGAUGUAGCCUCUAAAGCCAUAGCUUCUUCCUACCCUCAAAUUUUCUCCGGAUCCUAAUACCCGUCUAUUGUCCACUCUUAUUUAUUAACGAUUACAACAUAUUCCCGCAAAAGACUUUAUACGAUGAGACACUGGUGACUGAUGCUAAACACUUCUGUAUCAGCUUUUAUACAACGAUAUCUGUGUAUGCCUCUGUAUACAAACUUUCUCAUUUUUUUAAUACUCUAAACUAUAUAUUAAAAGAAACUAGGUGGGGGGGAGGGGGAGGUUUUUAAGAAGUUGACAGGUUUAAACGCUCGCAUUGUGUUGGUUGUUUUUUAAUGUUUUGUCACAUUUGUUUAAAAAUGGGUUAUUUAUUUUAUUUAUUAUGGAUGUUUUGUUUUACAAUAAGUGGUUUCCAUGACGACAGCCGUCUCCACUCACAGAUAUACAGAUUCUCACUGUUCAUUUACGGAGGUGAUGUGACUAGGGCCUUUUUCACUGAGAGAGAAUAGAAAGGCCACACACACACACACACACACACACACACACAAAGACAAAAGCAAUACUGGACUGAACAUUUUAAUUUUACUCAUUGACCUGGACAUCAACGUGCAUCAACUGUAGCUCUGUAAUCAUGACAGUUUUCAUUCACCUUUGAUUACAUAGACCUUGAAUAAGUUUUCUUCUUUUAUUUAACUGUUUUCAUUUGAAUAAAUAUAUGAAUAUAACUCACUUAUUUUUGUAAAGCCAGAAUAUAAUGGCAGAACAUGGCCACGAUUCCUCACCAAUUCAUCUGUUCGAUGUGGUAAAUCUCGACCCGGUGUAUGCGUUGCUCGUUUUUUUUUUUUUCCACGAUUUCUUCUAACGCCACACAUAGUCAUUUGCAUGAAUUCAACUUGGCGUCUAUGCAAAACAUCUCUCGGUGGUUCAGUGAGGUUUCCUGUGUUACACCUCAUCGGCAGCCCUGAAUAACCCGAAACCUGGUUAAAGGACUAUUGCCGAAAAAGCGAGCGAUGAGGCUGAGCACAGAUAUGAACCGUGCCAUUAUAUAUAUAUAUACACACAGAUAUAUAUAAAUAUAUAUAUAUAUACACAUAUACAUUCUAUAUAUUUGUUGUAUUAUAUCCAUUAUCUCAUUCCAGACAUUAACACAAAGUAACCACCACUUUAUACUGUAUAAGUAAACGGUACAUGCAUUGCUCUCUGACAUGCGACAUUGCACUUGAACGUGAUAAUUCCACUACGGCCAAAAUUUGAGUGUGAAAUGUUCAACUGCUUGACUACUUUCUGUAAAAUUUUUAAUUUAUAUAUAUUUUUUUUUAUUUGCACCCGGGUGUGAGCCUGGCACAUGUGUGUGUGACUCUUGAUUUUGCUCCAUUCAUUAAUGCCAUACAAAUGAAUAAAACCAUACUGUAUUAACCUGAUUCUGGUGCUUUUGUUGUUCAUAGUUAUCCCAAUUAAAGUUCCUAAAUCUAA